AUGAACAUUGUUUUCAGUUUUCUCAAGGCAAUAUUUUUUGCAAUUUUUGUUGCAAUUAUCUAUGCAAUUUUUCUGCUUUGUUAUCCAAAGUGAGUCUAAAAAACUACUGUAGAUCCUUUAAAAAUCUCUUAAAAUAAUUUCAGCUGGCUUCAUUCCAACGAAUAUUCUCGAGAGCAAAAUGCUUUUGAAACGGCGUGUAUAAAUGUUGGAUUGGUAAACAAAAACUUCUCUUGUUUUUUUUGGAAUUUGAAUUUUUUCAGGAGAAAACUCGAAUUUCAGCGGCUGUUGCGAAAUUUCAGAUUCUGGAGGCUAAAUAUACACUUUCAGCGGAUGAGUUGACUGGAAUUUAUGGAGCAUUUGUGAAUAAGACCACCCUGAAUUCUACGUUUUUUAAUUUUUACUGGAAGAAAAAUGCAUGGUGAUUUUUCUCUGGCCUCUCUAGCCUGAAAUAUCGAUUUUUCCAGCAAUCUUCGGAUGUUCCAAUCGGCCUUCAUGUUGAUAGAAGAUUCCAACACGGUCUAUUACACUAUAAGUUCAAGAGUUGCUGUCAUAAUAAUCCGAACAAUUCUACCAAUCAUGACAGUAUUUAUUCUGGGAUCUGGAGCUUCAGCAAUUCACACAAUCCUCGCGAAAAUUCUCACUUUUAUAAUGAGAAUUCGAAAUAUACCCGCAAUGACCACGAAACGGAAUAAUUUGACAAAAGCUCGUGAUGUUUUUUGCACUGUAUUAUCGUUUUUAUACCUGCUUUUUUGCUUGUUGAGCACUUCUUAUGCGAUUUCGAAAUGGCAAAAUUGUGGAUUUCAUAAUGGGAUUAAGAAAAGCUUUCAACUUAUGUCAACUAUUCCACCAACUUUGACUACGGUAGGCUUCAGAAGGCUUUACAAAGCUUCAGAAGGCUUCAUGAAACUUCAGGAGGUUACAUAAAGCUUCAGAAGGCAUCAUUUUUGUAGAUCACAAUCCUCGAUGCCUACAAACUCGCCGGCUGUUUCCUCCAUCUCAACACAGGAAUGGCACUCUUCAUCUUCUCGAUCAUGCGUCUUUUCAGAACUUGGAAAUACUGCAAGUUCGACAUUCCAGUCAUGUCCCAAAUUAUUGACGCGCACAACAUUGACAAAGAUGUUCAACUCAAAAAAUUGAUGAAAAAAUAUUCAAAUUGA